UUUGCUGCAAGGACUCUGAACACGUCCACCACUCGGCUUAGAAAACCAAGCGCGUGCUGAACUCUGGUCUUGCUCCCCCAAAGUGAACAUCCUCCACAGCCACCAUGAUAUGCUUCUUUCUCUCCUUGUUUUCGCAGGUAUUCCAGUCAGGCUGGACAGGUGUGAAUGAGCGCACCUUUAUCGCUAUCAAACCAGACGCUGUGCAGCGGAAACUGGUGGGCGAAAUUGUGCAGCGUUUUGAGAGGAAAGGCUUCAAACUGGUGGCGCUCAAACUUGUGCAGGCAUCAGAGGAUCUUCGUAUGGACCACUAUUGGGAUUUGAGGAACAAGCCUUUCUUCAGUGGACUGAUUCACUACAUGAGGUCUGGGCCAGUGGUUGCCAUGGUGUGGCAGGGUCUCAAUGUGGUCAAGACAGCGCGCACGAUGUUGGGCGAGACCAACCCGGCUGAGUCGCUCCCUGGGACUAUUCGCGGAGAUUACUGCGUGGAUGUGGGAAGGAACGUGAUCCACGGCAGUGACUCAGUUCCAAGCGCCCAGAAGGAAAUCUCCCUGUGGUUCAAGCCUCAUGAGCUCCAGCUGUGGGAGCGCAACAGCACUCCCUGGAUCUACUGAGCACCUCCACUGGGCUUCUGCAUUUCAGCUUUGUCAUCGGACCUUGGCGUCAGUCACUUGAUAAGAUGUGGGACGAGGUAUACUUGGGCUUGUUUUUUUUGUUUACCAAAACAUGUCUUUUUAUACUUGAAUUACAAUUUUGCGGGGCAAAAGACCUGAGGUACAACUUCAAUUGAACACCAGCAUUGUUAUUAAUAAGUAAAAUGCUCCAACAAAAUCUCUCACACGUGCUAUAAUGUUGAAUUAGAAAAAAAAAAGCCUGUCUACUAUUCUGUUAAAACAAUUGAAUUGCACUUUCUUCCAAAGUUUUGCUGUGAGAACAGUGACCUAAUUAAGAAUAAAUAUAAAGAUGUAAGCACUGA